UUCAAUCAAACGUGCACUUGCUUCCCCCAGCCAAACGUGCGCUGGGAGAAGCGCGUACAGGAAUGAUCGGCGUUGUUAUUGUCGGGGCUGGGUUAUCAGGCCUAGUUAGCGCCCUCCACUUGCUCGACCGUGGAGUGCCAAGCGAAACAAUUACCAUCCUGGAUGGGAGGGAACGGGUUGGCGGGAGGCUUGAAGCCCACCAAGGUGCUGACAUCGGGGGCGCGUGGUGUUGGACCUCUACGCACCACCAAAUGCCCGCUCUGGCGCAGAGAUUUGGGGUGGCACAUUUCCCGCAGUACGACGAAGGUGUCCACGUCAUCGACUAUGGCAGCCAAAAAUUGGUUGCCAGAACUCGACAGCCACUGGACUCUCCCAAGGUGCGCUUCCAAGGCGGGGCGGCGGCCGUGGCGGAUGCCCUGGCUAGCCACGUAUGCGCCAAGGGGGUAAAGAUUGUGCUAGGCUGCGUGGUGAACAAAAUCUCUACGACCGAUGCCGAUGCGGUGCUGGUGGAGGGUGUAGAGCUGGGCGAGCCGAGAAGUUGGAGAGCCGGUGCCGUACUGCUGGCGAUUCCUCCCCGCCUUAUCCUGCCGCCGCUAAUUUCGUGGGAGCCAAGGCUGCCGGCUGAGCUCGCCGAGGCUGCGGGGGCGACUCCAACGUGGAUGGCAGACACCACCAAGGUCUUAGUGACGUAUCCGCGUCCGUUUUGGAGGGAGCAGGGCUUAAGCGGGACCGGAAUGGGCUACGCGGAGGGGCCCAUCAACCAACUCUACGAUUCGUGUGGUCCAGACGGCAGUGAACCCCACGCGCUUUGCGGGUUUAUUUUUGGCGCCGGGGCGGACCUUCCUGGCGAUGACACCCUAAGGCUGCGGGUGAUCGAGCAGCUCGAACGGAUGUUCGGCGCUGAGGCCAGGUCUACUCUGAGCUUCUCCUCUCAUCGCUGGGGGGAGCAGCCCUUGACAAGCGGAAACGGAGGUGGCACAGGCGGAGGACACGACGACAUGGGAAAAUCUGAGCUGAGGAUACCGUUCCAUCGCCUCAACACCAUGCCAAUAUCAAUGACGUCAACAGGGCUCGGCUUCACGGGGGGGGGGUCCUCGUAUUUGGUUAUCCGCGGCGGAAACUGAUGCGAGGCACGCGGGACUGAUGGAGGGUGCUCUUGCUGCCGGAAAGAGGGUAGCGGAACAGGUAAUUCUCGCAGGUACCGUUGCGCCGAAGCAAGACGGCGAAGCAGCCAAAGAGGAAGAGGCCACGUGUACGGCGUCGGGAGGAAAUCCUUUCUAGGCUAACCUAUCUCAUGCGCCGUAUUGGCCAUGAAGCGAAAGACGAGCAGCACCCACGGCCUCCUCUUGGAAAUCGGCUAGUCACUAGGCUGGCUGCUGCUGUUUUCCUUGGAUCCAGGCUAGAAAAAUUGACCACAUGCAUGCAUAGUUUGCAGGAUUUUUUUUGCUGAACGCAAUGGGUGUUGAAAGCGCUACAUUCGUAUUCUGUAGUUCGUGCGUACACUUCGAGGAAAGAGAGCGCUGCACUCUUCUCGCGGUAACAACCGUAGGCAAGCACUGCUGGAGGGGUGGAGGGAGGGGCAACCUUCUGUUUGACCACGGAUUGGAGCAGCUCGUACACGGCAGAUGCUGUGGGUGGUGUAAGCGUAAAGUGACGGGUAAAAAAAAACGGAACGGAGCAGCGUCUCGAUCGAACUGCCGAGAGAAGACUACGGGGGUGUCGCCAAGUUUCCGGAGAUGUUUCCUCGGAUGCAUACGUAUUUUUGCCGGUUAUAGCAAUGGAAAUGCGAUGCAGGUCGUUGAAUGUUCUGGCACAGUCGCUUCACUGUUGCGUGUUGGAAGGUAGAGAGUCUACAACAUUGCGGUUCCAACUGAUGGCGAUACCAGUGUCCCAAGCGUGGAUGUUGCCGAUGUUUGGCAUGCGUACUCAUUUGGACACCAGCUCUACGCGUACCGAU